AUGAGGGUAUUUGAUCUUGUGAAAAAGCACAAAGAAAGAAAUCGUUUAUUUACUAUUGGUAUUGGAGAGGGUGUUAGCACUGGUCUGGUAUCAGGGCUUGCUCGUGUGGGAGACGGAAAAGCCUACUUUGUUCGGGACAGGUAA